AUGGGCGACCGGUUCAACGAUCCAGAUGAUCCGACCUUUCAGAGGCGGCGGCGACCGCGUUCUGUAACCGACUAUGGCUCUGCGAUGGUUCAAUGGACCUCCAACCGCAAGCUCGCCUACAAGGGAACCGCACACUACGAACAAGAGCGGCCAUCUAUCAGUUAUGUCUUUGACGUCUUGCCGCCAAUAUCGAGACGCGACGCGCCCGCCGAGUCAAUACCAGUCCGCCACCUUCACACAUCUCUUGGCAAAUCGAAGAAGCCCGUGACGAUUGUGCGCUGGAUGCCCGACGGACGGCGUCUGCUAGCCGGCGUACACAAUGGCGAGUUCAUGCUGUGGAACGGCAUGGCCUUCAAUUUCGAGACCGUCACCGCCAUGGGUAGUUCGUCGUUGCGGGCAGCUGAGUGGUCUAAUCGGAAAGAUUGGCUCAUCGCGGCCAACGACGAAGGAACCGUGUACUAUCUCGAACCUACUCUCAAUAAUACUCAUCAAUUCAAAGCUCACGACUCUCCGAUACGAGAUCUGGCUUUCUCGCCGACCGACACGAAAUUCGUUACCGCUUCAGACGACAACACGCUCAAAAUUUGGGAUUUCCACUCAUCGCAGACUGAGUCCUCCUUCACAGAGCACGGCUGGGAUGUCAAGGCGUGCGAUUGGCAUCCGACCAAAGGCCUUGUCGUAUCCGGAUCAAAAGACCACAGCGUUCGUCUGUGGGAUCCUCGAAGCGGGCGCAACCUUACAACGCUGCACGGUCACAAAAACGCCAUAACCGCCACAGUCUUCUCGCGACUACGGGACCAGCUCCUUGCCACGAGCGCUCGCGACGGGCAGACACGCAUCUUCGAUCUCCGGCUGAUGCGCGACGUGGCAAUUCUACGCGGCCACGAAAAGGGAGUCACCACGCUAUCAUGGCAUCCCAUUCACCCCUCACUGAUCUCCACCGGCGGCGACGAUGGCGCCCUCAACUCCUACCUCCUCACCGAACCCAACACCCCAGCCGGCGUCUCCACAGCCACCACCUCGCCCUACGCCAGUCCGGACCCGAAAUCCGCGCCCGCCCAAUCCAUCUAUCCUGCGCACAAGAUCGCCGUCGCGCACGAAUCCUCCAUCUGGUCCCUCGACUGGCACCCGAUGGGCCACAUCCUCGCCUCCGGCAGCAACGACCACUACACGCGCUUCUGGUCGCGCGCCCUACCGGGCGACAACAAGUGCUUCAAGGACGAGAAGCACCUGGGCGAAGAAGGCGCCGAGGCCUUGGGGACCUGGGACCGCAAGCACGGCAGCCGCGCCCGCCGCGAGGCCGAGCUGCAGGAAGAGGAAGACGAGCGCGAAGCACAGGACGACCAGCCCCAGGAAUCGCAGUCCGGCACCCACCAUCUCCCAGGCCUCCCCGGCAUGGGUGGCGGCGGCGGCGGUGGCGGGGGCAGCAGCGCCAUGCCCGGGCUAGGCAACCUCCCCCCGCUGCCUCCCUCUCUCGGCGGCGGCCCACCCCCACCUCCACCCAACGUCCCAGGCCUCUCCCCCUCAGCCCUCCAGCAGCUUCUGCAGCAGGCCCAACAACGAUCCGGCGGCGGUCUGGGCGGUGCGGAAAGCGGCUUCCUGCCCCCACUACCCCCCAAUCCAGGCAGCAUCGACUUCUCCAAGUUGACCCUGCCACCGGGCUUCCCGCCUCCGCCGCAGCAGCAGGGUGGUGGUGGGCUUCCGCCGCCGGGAAUUGGUGGAGUCGUCGCGGGGAUGCCGCCGCCGGGCUUGUCUGGCUUGCCUGGCUUGCCUAGUGGGGCGGCGGGACCACCGCCUAUGUCGGGCUUGCCGGGCCUUGGAGGAGGUGGCGGCGCGCCUGGCACGGUGGGAAGUAGUAUUGGAGGUGCUAAUGAGAAUGGGAAUGCGAAUGCGAAUAGUAGGAGGCGAGCGCCCCUGCCGAGCCAGCAGGAGGGGUUUAAGUUGGAGCAGGCGAGGGGGAAUUAUAGGGUUGCGAGAUAG